AUGGACGUCCAGUGGGAUUCCAGCGUCCAAUCGACAACACAGAAUCCAGAUUUUUAUAUCGAAAAAUUAAUGCAACGGAAUGUUACUGCAAAAUCUUUGGCUGAACCGUUACAAGCAUUACGUGUAACCUUAUCUACUGCAAAACUCUCGUGGAUAAAGGACUUUAUUGGUGCUAAAGGGUUAGAAGCUCUGGAGUAUGUUCUCGAAAAGUAUACUCUUGGAAUUAAGAAAAGCAUUAUUAAGAGCUCUGAUCAUGACGACCGGAUACUGUUGGAAUGUAUUCGCUGUUUAAGGGUCCUGUUGAAUACCGGUGCGGGUUUUUCCCAAGUUCUUAAAUGUCCAUCACUCAUAAAUGGAAUAGUCUUCUGCCUGCACACACCGAAUAACAAACUUCGCACACAAGUAGCUGAUGUUUUGGCAGCGUUAUGUGUUCUUUCUCCUGAAGGUCAUAAAUUAGCUUUAGAUGCUUUUUCUGACUUUCGUUAUAUUCAAGAAGAAAAAUUUAGGUUUCAAUAUUUAAUUGAAACUUUAACUAGUAAUGAGAUGGAAGAAGAUAGUGCUUCAUUAGAAUAUAAAACUGCAUGUCUAAGCUUGGUUAAUGCUAUUGUGAAUUCGCCGGAUGAGCUUGAGGAGAGAAUGUUGCUUCGCGAAGAAUUUCAAAGAAGGGGAUUAAAAGAGCUCUUUGUGAUUAUUAGAAAUUCGGAUCCCCCGGAUACAUUAUUGACGCAAAUUAACGUAUAUGAAGAAGAAAGUCAUGAUGACAGAGAAGAAUUAUAUCAGAGAGUGCAUGAUUUUGUGAAAGAUGCAGAUAAUCCGUUUUCUAUACUUGUUGGACUUGUACGACAAGUUGAAUUCAAUGUCGAGUUAUAUCCCCGUGUGGUGGAAACUCUAAAGAAUCUUUUAAGAAUUGUUUGCAAGGAUCCGGGAGAGAAUUCCCAAAGCGAACUCUGGACAUUAGUUGAACUAUUUAUUGAACGAAUUAGAUAUUUGACUGACAUUAAAAAAGAAUGGCAAUUGUCUAUGAAUGAAUUUCUGUCCUCUAUUCAAUAUAUUGUUGGAAAAUAUACUGUUGUUAGUGGUAAUAUGGAUGACGACAUGAUCGACUCAUUAAAGGCAAAAUUAGAUGAAUUGGAAGCCAAGGUUAAAAAUUUAACACUUGAAAAAGACGCUCUAGCGAAGAAGAUAACGACCAAAUCUUCUGAUAAGCCACAUAAUGCAACACCGUCUAUAAAAUCACCUACACUUUUAUCAAACAAGAAAGAUAAAGCUCGGCGGCCGCCACCACCUCCGCCUCCUAAUAAGACUGAGAACGUUCAGCAGCCAUCAUUACCUGUUAUUCGAAGUAAUACUUCCUCUCCACCACUUAAAGACACUGAAGGCACCGUUCAACAAGUCUCUUUUAUUCAAAAAGUUGUUGAAGCCACUACGACAUUCAUCGCUCCUUUCGAUAUGACAGUAAAUAAGGUGAAUGAAAGUGCACCAUCACUAUCCACUUUUUCGAAGGAAGCUAAAAUUGAUGAUUCAUCUCUACCGGGCAGUACUCUAUCACAAUCACCGCCAUCCUCUCAACCUUCAAAUAGUAAAAUAGCAUCACCGACAUCCAUAAAUUCGGGUUGUAAUAUACCGCCACCUCCCCCGAAUGUUGGUGGUAAAAUGCUUCUUCCUCCUACAAAUAUAGGUGGUAAAAUACCACCGCCGCCACCUCCAAACGUUGGUGGUAAAAUACCAUCACCACCACCUCCUCCAAACUGCGAUUGGAAACAUUCCAUCGCCUCCCUUAUUGGUCCGCUUCCUGUACGAUUACCACCCAUCUCUACAACUAACAUUCAAUUAAAACCGUUGUUUUGGGAUAAAAUUCCGCCAAAUAAAAGUUCACAAACUGUUUGGGAAGAAAUUCCAGAUGGGGAUGUUCCACUAGAUACUGAAGAACUUGAAUUUUUAUUUUCCAAAAACCCAAAUGGUAUCAAAUCUCCAGUAUCACCACCACCAAAAAAGUCCGUAUUUACAACAUUGCUUGAUAUGAACCGUGCAAAUAAUAUAGCAAUAAUGUUGGCGCGUAUUAAACUUUCAUACACUGAAAUUAAAAACUCAAUAUUAGAAUUAAAUGAUGAAACAUUGACAGUUGAAAAUUUGAAAAACUUAAAAAGUUACGCGCCAACAACGGAUGAAAUAAAUUUAGUAAGAGAAUAUACAGGGGACAUUGGAAUGUUGGGUAAUGCUGAGAAAUAUUUUAGAGAGGUUAUGGAAAUACCAAGACUAUCAGAAAGGUUAGGAUGCAUGAUAUAUAGGCGAAAAUUUGAAAUAGAGGUUUUUGAAUUGAAAUCACAAGUUGAAGAUUUACAUCAGGCUUACUUAGAAUUAAAAUCAUCAAUGAAGUUUAAACUUUUACUAAAGACUAUAUUGGCAAUUGGAAAUUUUCUUAAUGGUUCUACAUUCCGAGGAAAUGCGAUCGGAUUUAAGUUGAAUUGUCUUUUGAAGGAAAGUUUAUUUAUUCAUGUCACUAUAAAUGAAACAAAAGCUUUAGAAAACAAUCCAAAAGGAUUUUCUACAUUGCUCCAUUAUUUAGCCGCGACACUUGAAGAAAGACAGAAUGAUUUGAUAACUUUUAUGGAUGAAUUAAAACAUUUGGAAGGGGCAUCGAAGGUUUCAUAUGUUGCAGUUAUGGGAUCCGUUGUAUCUUUGAGUAGUGGAGCUGACCAAAUCAAAGAAGAAAUUAGAGUCUUGAAGAAGUUAAGAUUGACACCGAAUAAUGAUCGUUUUUGUGAAAUUAUGGAGGAGUUCUUUAAACAAAUUGAACCAACUAUCAAGGGCAUAAAAGAAUUUACGCAAAUUUUAGAAGAAAAAUUGAAACAAUUGCUAAUAUACUAUGGUGAAGAUCCUACUAUUACCAAACCUGAAGAAUUUUUCGGUAUGAUUGUUGAAUUUGGAAAAUCUUUAGCUGCAAGUAUUUCAAACAUUACCUUAUUUGUAUCAGCAAUGUUAGUGGUAAGACGACAAUCUGAUACAUCGAGUAUAGCUUCAUUACUGGCAGGGAAAGACUUUGAUAAUACAAUUCGAGAUUUAAGAUCUGGAUUAAGAAAAAAUCGAGACAGGCCCAUUUCGAAAGUUUUUUCUGAUUUGCAAUUAGAUGUAAUUUAUUCACACAGCCGUAACACUAGUAGUGCAUAUCCUUCAUCGUAA